UACAUAAUUUUGAGGACUGUUCACUCGGUUUGCCCCACCCUUGCCAUCGGCAAGGCUGAUGAAUCCGCAAAUCGUCCGAUUAGCUAAACUUACCUUGCGCACCUCACUUGUCCCACUCACGGUCGUCACUUCCUUCUCUUCACCAUCAACUCCCAUCGCCGGCAGUCGCGGCCGAAGUGAAUCUAUUACGACAGACUCACUAUUUAUACGAAUUCCUCCUACAGACUUUGAUUUAAGAGACGAUCUUUCGAUCGACGCCCACUUCGAAAACAUGCCGCCAGGGCUUGGGCAAGAGCAAAAUGACCCGAUGACCGUCCUUGACGACUUCGUUAAUCGCGCGUCCAACCUUCCCGCCGAGCUUCAGUUUUUGCAAGAGGAGACGGCCGAUAAGGAUCGCCAGAUUCAACUGUGCAUGGACGUAAUCAAUAGUCGCGAUGCGAGCAUUCAGAAGUGGAUAAGAACCAAUGGAAGCCUUACACCAAAUCCGAAAGAGGCUAUCCUUCGAAAGCAGAUACUUGAAAACUACGAUAAAGCCCAGAUACUACAGGAAGAGAAAUGCGCGCUGGCAUUGAAAACGCAACAAACACUUGAUAGGCACAUCCGAAAUUUUGACUUGCAGAUCUUGUCGUUGCAAGAAAGGGGAGAGUUUCCAGCGGACUCUGAUAUGCCGUCACUUCUCCGCCCGGCCGCUGAGCCACCUGUGAAUCGCCCAAGUCUGAACACAGCUUCGCUGGCUCAAGCCCAGCUGCCCCCGCCGUCUGCCAACGGUGGACCGUCUCGUCCGACGGCUCAACCACUUGGCGCACAAAGGAUGGGCUCGGCGCAAAUGCAGGCCCAGCAAGGGAUUUCGCACAUAUCUUCCUCUGCACCUGCAACUCCAGCAGCUGCUCUUCUUCUCCAGAGGCAGUCACGCGAAUCGUCGGCUGGUGCUGCGAACAAGCGCCAGCGAAUCACAGGCGGAUUAGGCACUCUCCCAGCAAAUUCAAGUGGGCUGGCUCGACAUGCGUCGACAGGUCCUGGCACGCCAAAAGCCGGGACUCCAUCGGCAACAAGAGCUGGUAGUGUAGGACCUCGAGGAGGGCCGAAGGCACCUGCGGUUGGGAAAAAGGUUGCCCCUCAUAAGCAAGGUAUUGCACCACAUAAACCAAAACCUGGAAAGUCGGGGCUCAGUCGCGUUAAGCGCACUGGAAAUAAGAACUCCCCGUCUUCCACAAAUGAUAGCGAGCUGAGUGAUGCCGAAACAGGUUCGUUGGCAGACGAGGACGACGUUGCCACACCGCCUCCUGUGAAGAAGCACCAAGGUGCCGACGAGGAGAUGUUUGAAGGGGAAGAAGAUGAAGGCAGCGAUGACAAAAAGUACUGUCUUUGCCAGAAGGUUAGCUUUGGCGAUAUGGUGGCAUGUGACAACGACGAAUGUCCCUUCGAAUGGUUCCAUUGGCCGUGUGUCGGUUUAAAGAGCGAGCCAGUUGGGACGUGGAUAUGUCCAGUAUGCACAAAAAACAAUAAAAAGUAGGCAUCGGCUUUCUAAAUAAUGGUAUGAGGGGGUAUUUGGUAGGGACUGAGCGCGGCGUUGGUUUUAGGCUAUCUUGAUAAUCUCAUGAUAAUGGGUGGGAAUGGGUGAAUAAAGGUGUAUUACAAGUAAAUAAUAGAACUACUUUUGUAGGGUUAGAGAGCCCGACUUUGACAUGGUUAAUCUACGUAAAUAAGAUG